UCUUGCAUACUGAUUAUAAAGUGAAGCUUAAUUAUUUCUAUAGAACAGAGAAUAUAUAUUAGUUUAUUAAUUAAAGAAAAAAAAAAGAAAAAAAAAAAAGAAAAUGGAAAUAGGAGUAUUGAAAAAUAGUAGUCCGAAGAAAGAAAGAGAUAAUUUUCAUGUUAUACACAAAGUUCCUUCUGGUGAUGGCCCUUAUGUUCGCGCCAAACAUGCUCAGCUAGUUCAGAAGGAUCAAGAGGCGGCGAUAGUAUGGUUUUGGAAGGCGAUAAAUGCCGGAGAUAGAGUGGAUAGUGCCCUAAAAGAUAUGGCCGUAGUUAUGAAGCAACUCGACAGAACGGAAGAGGCAAUCGAAGCUGUCAAGUCUUUUCGCGGACUUUGCUCCAGAAAUGCCCAAGAAUCUCUUGAUAAUGUCCUCAUCGACUUGUACAAGAAAUGCGGGAAAGUUGAUGAACAAAUAGUGCUGCUAAAGCAUAAGCUGAAGCUCAUAUAUUUAGGAGAGGCUUUCAACGGGAAGCCGACAAAAACUGCUCGUUCUCACGGCAAGAAGUUUCAGGUUUCUAUCAGUCAAGAAACAUCAAGAAUUCUGGGAAACCUAGGAUGGGCCUACAUGCAGAAGUCGAAUUUCAUGGCAGCAGAAGUCGUGUACCGCAAGGCUCAAAUGAUUGAUGGGGAUGCCAACAAGGCACUGAAUCUUUGCCAAUGCCUCAUCAAACAAACCCGAUACGAAGAGGCCCGUUUGGUUCUUCAGGAUGUUUUGCAGUAUAAGCUUCCAGGUUCGGAUGACUUCAAAUCGAGAAAUCGGGCCAAAGAAUUGGAAUUGGAGUUGGAAUCCAAGAAUCCUGUGGGCCCGUUGCUGCCGAAUCUUCUUAUCCCGGGUUUGAGCUUCGAAGACGAUUUUGUGGAGGCGCUCGAACGUGUAAUGAAUGAGAGGGGGGGCACUAGAUCGAGAAGGCUACCGAUAUUUGAAGAGAUUUCUCAGUAUAGAGAUCAGUUGGCUUGUUAAUUUUAUUUAAUUUUCAACCCUUUUUUUUUUCUUACAGCAUGUUAGUUGUUGUCAAAGGUGUGUGUGUGUGAAAAUGGAGAAGUGAGGGUAUAGAUGUUGGGAGAUGCAAGAAUUGUUAGAUAUGAGAAAUGUUGUUUGAAUAAUGAUCCCAAUUAAGGUUGUAUAUGUACAUAUUUUUAUUUGGGAUUUUCAGUUUGGAAAAGGGAA